AUGAGAAGAAUUUGGAUAUGUUUGAUUCUUCUAUUUACUUUUUAUGGAUCAAGCUAUAAGAUAAAUUUCAAAGGAUCAUUAGACGAAUUUAAAUCGAAAAAAAAUAAUUUAUUAUUUGAUUUAAGUUUAAAAAAAGUAAAAAAACUAAAAGACAAUUCUUUCAUAGAACAUGAAAAGAAGAAAGAGGAAAUUUUUCAAAUUUCCAAUUUUCAAAAAGAAAAUAAAUAUGACAAAGAAAUAGAUAGCUUAGAAAAUAAAGAUGAAGAAAAAUUAUAUUUAUUAAAAAAUAUAUCAUUUGUAAAUCUAAAAAAUUCUGGUUUCAUUACGAAACCAUCAUGCUUUGUACAUAUAAAAAAAAAUAGUCCAUAUUUAUCUAAAAUAAAUAAUAUUAAAGAAGAUAAAAUAAAUGAAGCAUUAAAUGAUGUUACAAAUUCUUUCAUUCAAGUUGAAGGUUUAUUAUCAAAUGAUACCAAACUUUUAGAGGAAUAUAAAAAUUUAAUGGAUAUAAUUAGUAACGGUUUGGAUAAAGCAAAAGUUUAUUUCGUUACAGCACUUUCUUAUAUUGAUAUUGGUUCCGUUUUCAUUACUAAUGAGGAUAGUCAAACUUUUCAUUCAUUUACACAUAAAACUAAAAAAUAUAUACAGGAUUUUUAUAAAUGUUCAUUGGAUUCUUAUAAUUUCCAUAGUGAUACAAAAGAAGAAAUGAAUAAAAGAUUGUUAAAUUUACUAUUACUAGAAGAUUUAAAAAAGGAGGAAUUAUUUGAAAGAAAAAUUCUCGAUUUCAAAUCAAAAAUAAAAGAGAGUCUAAAAAGUGCGAAAAUAUAUGAAGAAAACUGUUUAAACAAAAUGAGGAGUUCUUUUAAUAAUUUGCAAGACAAUUUGGCAAAUAAAUAUUGUUGGGGUUUUACUUGUAAUAAACGUUCGUGUUAUAACCCAUGUUGUAAUAGAUCGUGUUGCUAUGUAUUAAAUUGCCUUCAUAGGCAAAUGGCUUCAAGUUACGUAACUAGAGCAAAAAAUAAAAUGAAUAAAAAUCUAGAUAGUGAUUUUAUUUUAGAAAUUAAUAAUUUAUUGAAUUCUUUUAAAUUAAAAGAAAUUGGAAAAGGAAAUUUUUAUGGAAAAAAAGUAAAAAAAUAUUUAGAUCUACUAGUUGAAAAAAUUAUAGAUAUUAAAAAUGAUUUCGUGAAACAGUCAAAAUUUGCAUAUACUAGUUUUGAUAAGCUAGUAAAAUUACACAAUAAUUCUCUUAAAAUGAGCUUUUCUCAUCAUAGCAUUGCAAGAGAACUUGCCUCUCUUCCAAUUGAAUUUAAGAGAACUUUCCAUUAUAUAGAUUGGAACGAACUAUUAAGAGAAAAAUUUAAUCAUUAUAAAAGAGAAUUUUAUAUUUUAUUUUACGGAUUAUGA